UUCAGAGACACUGGGCCAUUAGUCAGACUUUAUGGGACAGUUACGGCCGCCCCGCCCCUCCGGACGGUAAUUGGACCCCCUCCGUUGCUGUGGUGACGGCGGCAGAAGCGAAGGAGGUGUCACCUGAUCCGGUUCCGGUUCUGAUGGACUGUCGGGUCCCACGCAAUAAGCUCCGGUGCCGUUCGGACCUGAUGGAGUCCCCCCCAGCCUGACCCGGACCCCCAUCAUGCCGAACCGACAGAAGCAGGUUCUGUUCUGCUCCGCCGGCCUCCUGAGCCUCUCCUGCGCCCUGUCGGCUGCCGUCAUCACCGGGCUGCCCUUCUGGCUCCGCGGGACCGUGCUCUGCCGAACCGGAGCCGAACUGGUCAACGCCACCGGUACCGAGCUGGACAAGUUUUUGGGGGAGCUGAGCUACGGACUCUUCCACGGAGAGAGGGUGAAGCAGUGCGGCCUGGGGGGCAGACCGUCCCGGUUCUCAUUCUUCCCGGACUUGCUGAGCAGCAUCCCGGCCGGCCUCCACGUCAUCAUCAUCCUCUUCUGCAGCGUUGUGGUCCUCUUCUCCUCCGUGGCCUCCGGCUUCUUCUUCUUCAACGCCUUCGGUCGGCCCUAUGAGACACUGCAGGGCCCCAUGGGACUGUAUCUAUGGACCUGCAUCUGCUGUGUGACCAGCUGCCUGGUUCUGAUCCUAUUUGCCUCCGAGGUCAAAAUUCAUCGACUGUCCGAGCUCAUCUCCAACUUCAAGGAGGAAAACUUUGUUUUCCAGACAUACUCGGAGCGCUACGACAGCUGCUUCUGGAUUUUCUUCCUCAUCCUUGUCCUCCAUGGACUCAACCUGGUUCUGAUCCGGCUUGCAGGGAUUCAGUUCCCGUUCCAGGGGAAGAAAGAGGUGGAGCUGAGCGGCGGUGCGGCCGACCUCAUGUACUGAUGGGCCAACCAGCACAAAGCUCACAGAACCACUGUUGUCUGGUGGUUCUGGAGAAAACACUGCUGAUAGAAAAUAUCAGAAACCCUGAUAAUUCCACAUAAUCAGUCUUGAUUAUCGAUCAGAACCUGAUUGACUGUUUUUUUUUAUUUUUCAAGAUGGCGCUGUGCAGGCAGCAGCCGGUCACAUCGGCUGUAUCUCUUCUUUUCCUACUUUUCCAUAUGUAUAUAAGUCACCGUGAAUGUACAUAAGACAUCCUCUGCCUUAUUUCUA